AUGCUCGGUUGUCAUUUACUGUCGUUUACUCUGAUAGUUUUUGGUUGUGUUGAGUGGUUACAAUUCCAGGUGAACUGCUCCUUUUACUUCAAAAUAGGUGCUUGUCGACAUGGUGAUAAAUGUUCCAGAACACAUAUCAUGCCUUCUUUCUCGCAAACAGUUUUAUUGAAAAAUCUCUAUCACAAUCCGAUGAUAGAUACACGACAGGCUGAUGCUUUUGCCAAGGUCGGUCAAAUGAACGAACAGGAGCAACAGUAUUUUGAAGAGUUUUUUGAAGAGAUAUUUGUAGAAUUGGAAGACAAAUUUGGUCCAAUUGAUGAGAUGAAUGUAUGUGACAACAUUGGAGAACAUAUGAUUGGCAAUGUUUACGUCAAAUUUGAAAAUGAAGAAGAUGCCGACAAGUGUGUGAAAGGACUUGAGAAUAGAUGGUUUAAUGGUUCUCCUGUCUAUGCCGAGCUUUCACCUGUGACAGAUUUUCGAGAAGCUUGUUGUCGGCAGUAUGAAUUAGGAGGUUGUAAUAAGGGUGCUUUUUGCAAUUUUAUGCAUUUGAAGCAAAUAUCACGAGAUUUGCGCCGAAAACUUUAUGGUUCUCGUGCUGAGUAUCGUGGUGGUGGUUAUUAUGGUACUGGGAACUGGCAUGAGAGUAGGGGUAGUGAUUACGGUGGUUAUUCUCGCCGUAGUGGUGGCUAUAGCAGUAGUGGAGGAAGCAGAAGACGUUCGCGAAGCCCUAGAUCAAGACAUCGAUACUAA